AUGGCUCUGGAGCACAACCAGUCGGCAGACUACUACGACGAGGACGAGCUCAAUGGCACUCAUGACUACAGCCAGUACGAAGUGAUCUGCGUGAAGGAGGAGGUCAGGGCCUUUGCCAAGGUGUUCCUGCCCACCUUCUUCAGCAUCGCGUUUGUCCUCGGCCUCGCGGGCAACUCCGUCGUGGUGGCCAUCUAUGCCUGUUACAAGAAGAGGAGGACCAAGACUGACGUGUACAUCCUCCACCUGGCCGUGGCGGACCUGCUCCUUCUCCUCACGCUGCCCUUCUGGGCAGUGAACGCAGUGCAUGGGUGGGUGCUGGGGACAGCCAUGUGCAAGGUCACCGCCGCGCUGUACACCGUGAACUUCGUGUCUGGAAUGCAGUUCCUGGCCUGCAUCAGCGUCGACAGGUACUCAGCUGUCACUCGGGCCCCACGCCAGGCAGGCGCGGGCAGGUCGUGCUGGGCCAUCUGCUCCUGUGUCUGGGUGGCUGCCAUCCUGCUGAGCUCACCCCAGCUGGUGUUCAACACGGUCACUGACAGGGCCAGGUGCAUCCCCGUCUUCCCACACCACCUGGGCACCUCGGUGAAAGCAGCCAUCCAGAUGCUGGAGAUCUGUGUAGGAUUUGUGGUGCCCUUUCUGAUCAUGGGCGUGUGCUACUUCGUCACAGCCAGGACGCUUAUCAAGACACCCAACAUCAAAAAGGCGAGGCCCCUCAAGGUCCUGCUGGCGGUGGUCGUGGUGUUCCUUGCCACCCAGCUGCCCUACAACGCCGUCAAGUUCUGGCGAGCCAUAGACAUCAUUUACCGCCUGAUCACCGACUGCGAGGCCAGCAAGCGCAUGGACGUGGCCGUGCAGGUCACCGAGAGCGUGGCGCUCUUCCACAGCUGCCUCAACCCCGUGCUGUACGUAUUCAUGGGCGCCUCCUUCAAAAGCUACAUCGCCAGAGUGGCCAAGAUGUACGGGCGCUGGAGACGGCAGAGGCCGAGCACCGAGGAGAUCCCUUUCGAUUCCGAAGGGCCCACCGAGCCCACCAGCACUCUAAGCAUUUAG